AUGCCGAAUCCUAUCCGUGAAGAUAUCACCACGCGUGAUGAUACCUCUUUUCCCUACAUUUUCGAACAGAAUGUCACAAUCUCCCUGAAGGAUAAAUCUGGUCUCGUUCGUUGCAAUGUUUACCGCCCCAAGGACUCGAAAAAGGUACCUGUGCUUGUGACCUACGGCCCCUACGGAAAAGACAUUCCCUACGCCGACUUUCACCCACAAUCUUUCAGUGAAGUUAAUCCUGAACAUCGCUCGGAGCAUUCAGCAUGGGAGACGCCUGAUCCUCGCUUCUGGACUCAGCAUGGAUACGCUGUAGUGCGAGCGGACGAGCGUGGAACUGGCCAGUCGCGUGGUAAGCUGGACACCAUGUCUCGUGAGACUAGUGAGGCUUUCUUUGAUGUGGUGGAGUGGGCUGCAGAGCAACCAUGGUCUUCAGGCAAGGUCGGCUUGCUGGGUAUCAGCUACUAUGCUGGGAGUCAAUGGCGAGUCAGCGCCCGCCAGCCCAAGGGCUUGAGCUGCAUUAUUCCCUGGGAGGGCAUGUCCGACUAUUACCGCGAUCGUUGUCGUCAUGGUGGUAUUCUUUCCAACAAGUUCAUUAAGUUCUGGUGGGAUCGACAGGUCGUUUCAAAUCAGUACGGACGACCCGGUCGGGCAGCACGCAAUUGGGGUCCUGACACCAUCGAAGGCGAUCUUCCCGAGGAAGAACUGGAGGCCAACCGUCAAGACCAGACAAUCGACAACGUCAACAAUCAUUUCCGCGAUGACGUGUACUACGCUAGCAAGGAGUAUACCAUGACUGAUAUUCAGGUACCUCUGCUCUCGGUUGCUAACUGGGGUGGUAUUCUCUUGCAUCUUCGCGGCAAUGUCGAAGGAUAUACUCAAGCAGGCAGUGAGCUGAAAUACCUGCGCUUUAUCACGGGGCGUCACGAUCUACCCUUCUACUACCAGGAGGAAGUAGAAGUACAGCGAAGUUUUCUUGAUGCUUUCCUUAAGGGCGACGAUCGCGCUGGCUGGGCGGACGGCACUGCCCCCAAGGUCGACAUGGUUCUCCGCAAAGGUGACGUUGGCUUCAACAAUGCGGAGGCUGAAAAGCAAUUCCCUCGUCGGCAGGAGAACGAGUGGCCUAUCGCACGCACUCAGUAUUCUCGCUACUACCUUACUUCGAAGCAGGAGCUGGUAACGGAGGCACCCAAGGAGAAACCGAUCAAGAUCACAUACCGUGCACUGGGAAACCUCGAUGAGCCACAGCUGGUGCAAUUCACCACUGCCCCGUUCGAGCAGGAGACGGAGAUUACCGGCCAUAUCGUGGCGCACCUCAAUGUAUCGAUGAGCCCUGAGCCGGGAUGUCCGACACCCAAGGACAUUGACCUAUUCCUCACAUUGCGUUAUAUCUCACCGGAGGGCAAAGAAGUGUUCUACACGGGGACCGCAGGGGAUCCGGUGCCUCUCUGUAAGGGCUGGCAGCGCGUCAGCCUGCGCAAGAUCAACACGGAGCACCCGCGUCACCGGCCGUGGCUGCCUCAUCGCGACUAUUAUUCCACGGAUGUGCUGCCGGUGGUUCCGGGCGAGGUGUACGCGGUGGAUGUGGAGGUAUGGCCGACGAAUGUGGUGGUGGAGAAGGGAGGCAAGAUUGUCUUUGAGGUUUCCUCAGGCGAUACUCAGGGAUCAGGCAUAUUUCAGCACAAUUCUCCUUCACUCAACAUGGCCUCCGCACCACCCGCGAAGAACAUCCGCCCUCUAAACCGCUACAUCACCACCCACGACCCAACCACUCACCAAGCCAUCUUCUCUACCACCCUAUCGGAGACCAUGCCCAUCCAGCAGAUCAAUGACUCGGCGAGUGCCCAGUUCUCCCUGGCCUACACCACCGAUACGUUUCCCGUCGACCUGUCCGGGGAGCGCGAUCUCCCCGCAUACAACCACUACCUCUCGAAUCCGCCCGGCAUCACCAUCAGCACGGGCACCGUGUGCCGCAUUGUGGACAUGCCGCCGCACGCCCUGAGCCCCAUGCACCGCACCGUGUCGCUGGACUACGGGGUCGUCCUGGAGGGGGAGGUGGAGUUGCUGCUCGAUUCGGGGGAGACGAGACUCCUGAAGAGGGGAGAUGUCGCGGUGCAGCGAGGUACAAACCAUGCGUGGAGAAAUGUCACGCCCGACGUUGUGGGAGAGGAUGGAACGAAGGUGGAGUGCUGGGCGAGGAUGUUGUAUGUGCUUUCGCCGGCCAAGGGGGACGGACUGGUGGAGAAUGUCAGUGGGAUUGAGGUUCGAAGUAGCACUUAGUCAUUGCACUGCCUUGGGCUCUGCUGGAUGGGGUAUAUAGAGGGCUGUCAUUGUUUGUCUUGAGCUUGAUGGGUUCGAGUCUGGUAGAUAGUCUUGGUUUUGUAGGUACAGUACAAUAGUAUAGUAUAUGAAGCCAGUUCCUUG